CAUGUUAUUUAUUGUGCUUACUGCUCAUGAAAAAGUGUUCUAAUGCCACUGAAUGUCGGCGUAUAAAAUGUAAUUUACAUAGCUACACAGGCCCUGCCUCUUCCUCAAUAAUGUCUAGUUGUCUACUUUAUAAUCUUGCUCGAAUAUCUUUGGUUACCGUUUCCUUGUUUUGUCAACCAAACUUAAUAAAAUUGGGCUCGAGUUAUUGUGCGUCUUGAUUGGUUAGAAUAUUUUUGAUAGGCCAUCAUUUAGCCUAAUAAGGUACCACCUAUUUAACGUGGCCAGCCUUCCCUGAUAUACGAUUGGAUAAUAACGUCCCCCACGUCAUCAACAGUGUGGCGUUUCUAUCUUUCUUUUUCGAUUGCGCGGUGUUGGAGUUUGUUUUUAGCGAGCUAACGUAGCUUACAUGUAUUUAUUUGUGUAAGUUUAGGGACAUUUGACGAACCUGGCAUACAUAGUUCGCCUUGAUUGAUCAAUAGAAUGCAUUGAUUCGAGAUUUAAGAAAAUAGUAGCUUUGCGCUGUUUAUUUUUCACCUCAUUGUUUCGCGAGUUCGGGAUGUUUUUAUCCUCAACAUGGAGACAAAAAGAGGGGAGAUUCCCAACGGUGUAUUGGACGACCUCUGCAGUCGAUUCAUCCUCCACAUCCCUAGUGAAGAGAGAGACAAUGCUAUCCGGGUGUGCUUCCAGAUCGAGCUUGCCCAUUGGUUCUACCUGGACUUCUGCAUGCAGAAUGCACCAGGAUUACCUCAGUGCGGGAUAAGGGACUUUGCCAAGGCUGUUUUUAAUCAUUGUCCAUUCCUGCUGCCCAAUGGGGAAGAUGUACAGAAGGUUCUAGAACAGUGGAAGGAAUAUAAGAUGGGUGUUCCAACCUAUGGUGCCAUUAUUCUAGAUGAGUCGCUUGACAAUGCUUUGCUGGUUCAGGGUUAUUUGGCCAAGUCAGGAUGGGGCUUUCCAAAGGGAAAAGUCAAUGAAGAUGAGGCUCCCCAUGUUUGUGCUGUACGAGAGGUUAUGGAGGAGACGGGUUUCGAUAUCAAAGAUCGCAUCUGCAAAGACACGUACAUCGAGCAAAAAAUCACUGAUCAGUUGGCCCGAUUGUACAUAAUACCUGGGGUAGCCAAGGAGACGAAGUUCAACCCCAAAACAAGGAAGGAGAUAAGGAACAUCGAGUGGUUCCCGAUUGAGAAACUACCAUGUCACAGGAACGACAUGACUCCCAAGUCUAAACUUGGACUCGCCCCCAACAAGUUUUUCAUGGCCAUUCCUUUUGUCAGACCACUCCGAGAAUGGAUUGCCAAGCGUAAAGGAGAGUCUACAGACAGUGAUGAGGAUUUUGCAUCCAACGGCAGCACUCCAUGCAAACCUCUGGACAAAGCACGCUCCAAGCAUCGACGGGCCCAGAUGUUGCCUGAGGCGUCUCCAGGAGAGGGGUGGGGGAAGCAGAAGCAACCCAAGCCUCUGGGACAGCUGAGCCAAUACGAGGUCUCUGAACUCUUGAAAGCCAAGAAAGAGGAGAAGAGACUUCAGCCCAGGAGACUGCAGGACAACUUCGACACAGAUGCAGCACUGCCAUCUGACACGUGCAGUUCCACCAAUGGGCAGCAGGUGGUCUGCAACGGCAACUGUGAACACCUCUCCUCCAGGUCCUUCCUCAACUUCAAGUUCGACAGGGAAGCCAUCAUGAAAUGCUUUGACUCCUGAAAUAGCCAACCAACGGACACCUUGGUCGUGUUCAGUAGGGACCAAAAGGAAGUAAAUGCAUUUUUUUUUUUGCUUUUCGUUGUAUGCCCUAAUGAACACGACCCUGGAAUGGCAGACUAGCAGAUACUUCAGUUCAAUGGCACGGCAGCCCCUCCAACCUUAGGGUUGAGAUGAAGAGUACUGACCACAUAUAUAUAAAAGCCUUCUGUCGUAGGUUUAAUUUUUUGUCAAGCACAGAAAGGUGAACUAGGUGUCGCUGUUUCUUCAUUCAAGCCGAAUCCUUACUUUGGGAUUCUUAGUAACUUAGUUUCGCUUCCAGGAAAUCAUGCAGUGAUGUCAAUGGCAAAAAAUAGGGAUGAACAGUUUGUACUCUUGUGCACAGAUCUCUAGUUAGGAUUCAGCCCAUAUGAUCCAGAUUUACUAAGCAUUUGCAUCAGGUGCAAAUGUUGUACCUGUAUUUUUAGAGGGAAUUAAUCACGGAAAAUAGAGUUGGGGGGGGUUGAAAAUACAGGUUCUGAGAAGAAAGACGGUAAAGGUAGAUUUAAAGGUUAAAUAAAGGUGGAUGAAGAUAGAGUUUUAACUUUGGGGUUUCAGCCCCUGUUGACACGAACAAAGCAUAUGUUUAGUAAACCUGGCCAGUGAGUGAAGUCGGCGCCAUAACUUGCCCAGUUCAGUGUUUGUUUUUUUGUUUUGUUUUGUUUUUGUCUAAUUUUUAAUGGAUGACAUAGCCCAACUUUGGUCAGUUUCACCGCCUUACCAACUGAGCUCCCGAUUUAUGUUUUAUGGCAGUGGUUCCCAACCAGGGGUCCUAGGACCACUUGGUGUACGUGGUCUAUCCACAGGGGGUACAUAAGAAGACUCAUGAGACCAUAGGACUGCUGGUAAAAUGCACAUGAGGGGGUACUGCAGGGGUACUCCGGGUAGAGCAAAAUUCAGUUGCAGUGGUACAGUAACCGAAAAAGGUUGGGAACCACUUUUUUUUGUGUAUAGCUGGUGUGAACUGAUCUGAGGCUAAGCACAGAGUACUGUACAUUGUGCUUCUACGCUUUAUCCCCAAAGUCAUAGGGCUGGUGUAGAUUGUCUUGUACAGGCAGUCAUGUUGAAUGGCUCAAGCAGUGUCCGCUCUAAGUAGCCUCGUCCUACCAACUGUGAUGCCAAUGGCCGCGUUCCAGGUCAAGCUUUUUUUGCAGUCGUGCAUCUCAGAAGUUUGCUAUAUGAUACGAAUGUGGUUUCCACAAUGUUAAAUGUGAUUUUGUGCAGCACGACUGCAAUAAAGACAACCUGGUACGUGUCCUAUGUCUGUCUUGUCUGGGGUCUGUAGCAGGGCUUGGUGCAGCUAGCCUGACUUCAGAGGCUGAUGGCAGAGAUGUAAGACUGAAACAGCUUGUGUUAAGAUUCUUCUGUGCAAAACACAUGACUCUCACAAUGCGCCUGGUUAACAAAGUAGCUUUACCUAUUCUACACCUGGAACAAGACAAAUCACAUUUUACACUAGGGAACAGUAACAGGGGGAUGUAAUCCUAAAACAAAAUAGAAAUAAAAAUGUCCUGUUUUCUAGCUUUUGUUUGUUCUCCCUUCUAAAAAUGAUUCAAAACUGAAAGCACAGGUGCAAAGGCUUAGUAAAUUUAGCCCAAUAUGUGUGGUACAAAGCAUACUGCUAACUGGCAUACGACUAUGAAUGAAAUCAAUUUACCCUUGCAUCAUCAGUAUGCUUGUUGGAAGUAUUUCAGACCUCUGAAUCACAAUACCGUGCCUGCUAGGCUACUACACGUUAUGUUUUUCAUGGCAACAAGUCAUAACUGUGACUGGAAUGUAAUGUAUGAUUGAACAAUAAAUUGACCCUACAUGUAGUCAAAGGUAGGUUUUUAGAGAACUUAAUGGUAAUAUUUUAAUUGAUGCUAAGUAAUGCAUUGUGGUUAUAAUGCAUGUAAUACUUGUCCUAAGCAUAUAUGAACCCCACUGUUUUAGUAAGUGUCAUCUCUUCAUGAUUCUUUAAUAGGACUUCUAUUUUCAGUCUGAAGCAUUGUAAGGGCUCAUACCUGCUUAUAACAGGUAAUGAAGCAUCAUACCUGCUUAUAACCGGUAAUGAAGCCUGCUUAUAACCGGUAAUGAAGCGUCAUACCUGCUUAUAACAGGUAAUGAAGCGUCAUACCUGCUUGCAUUAAGUUUGUAGAGGCAUUACAAACUUAAUGUUCAUAGAUGGUUAUUCAACAAUACAUGAACAUAGGCUUCUCAUUCAGGAGGGCGCAACGUUACAGAAUGUUUACAUAGAAAUCGAUUGUGUAGAAGAUAAACACAUCAUGUAGAAUCGAGACUCUUCAUCAUUACAUGUCUACGUUGCACCUCACGGAAUCAGUCCCAUGAUUCAAUCUGAGUAAGAGACAGUCUCAACAGGAACCCGUUAGAGAUGUUAAAAGACAUACGUCCCUCUCUUUGAUCUUGUUCUGGUGACACUUCCUAACGGCAGUCAUUUCCCCGUCUGUGGUCGGCACUCUGCGCUGAGACAGGGUAAUGAUUCCAUCUUUGUUGUUGUUGUAUUUCUGGAGUGGAGGUAUUUCGGCCUUUCCAGCAGCAAACUCUGAUAAUAAAGAAUUAAAAUACUGGUCAGAAGUGUCCUGUAA